CUACGCCCCGAGGGCUCAACUCCUACACUUAAACCCCUCCCACUGGAACUGCCGGCUCCAGUUUCAGUGAGCCAGCGUGAGAACAGGUCCUGCUCCCCGGGCACAGCUGCCCCAGCCACGGGCUCUGCCACCAGCCGCUCCAGCACGGCCGCCUCGCGCCCAGUCCCCGCAUGAGCAAGCUCCCCAUCGUCGCACCUGCAGUGUGUGGAGCCGGCUUCCAAUAAGGGCGCCUGGAGGGUGGCCGCACAGGAGGCCCUGCGGCACAUCCUCCCAGCCACUGCGUCUGAGCUGAGCCCAGGCCAGCCGUCUUUGCAAGAUGAGUCUCCUCAAAGAGCGGAAACCAAAAAAGCCCCACUACAUCCCGAGGCCCCCGGGAAAGCCCUUCAAGUAUAAGUGUUUCCAGUGCCCUUUCACCUGCAAUGAGAAGUCACACCUGUUCAAUCACAUGAAGUACGGCCUCUGCAAAAACUCUAUCACCUUAGUGUCUGAGCAAGACCGUGUUCCCAAAUGCUCCAAAUCUCACCCUUUAGACCUGAAGCAGACCAGUCAGCUGGACGCCACGACGAAGCCCACCUCCAAGUCUGUCACCCAUGGACUCCCACACCUCGAUGCCAAGCUUCAACACAGCCCUGCCAAGGGCGACGUUAAGGAAAACCUGGCCCUGCACAUACGUGGGCCCCCCAGGUGCCCAGGAGAGAAGCCUGCUCUCCACAGAGAGGCUGCCCCCCUGAGCCCAGUGCCAGAAACCACCACAGGCACCCAGCCAGCCCUGGAAGGCACCGCUCGGCCUUCAGCAUUUGUCCCAGUAGGAGAGCACAGACUGAAAGGGCCCGAGCGUGCUGAGGGCCCCAACACGCUGGCUCUGCCCAGCUCCACCACCAAAGCCACCUCUUUCCACUCCAAGUCUGCAUUCCACGCUCCUGGCUACCCGUGGAAAGCUGGCUCGCCCUUCCUCCCAUCUGAGUUUCCACAAAAAAUCCCAUCAGCAAAGGGGUUUGGUGCCAUCUCCCCAUACAUGCACCCCGCAAUCCCUGAGUAUCCACCUCAUUUUUACACAGAGCAUGGACUGGCCACCAUCUACUCACCCUUCCUGCUCACUGGGAACCCACCUGAGUGCGACACGCCUCUGCUCUCAGUCUAUGGGGCUCACGACCAAAGACAUUUUCUGCCUCCCCCUGGGCCAAUCCCUAAACACUUGAAUCCGUCCCCAUCAACAUAUGAUCAUUACAGAUAUUUCCAGCAGUAUCCCUCCAACCUGCCAAUUCCUUAUGGAUUUUACAGACCAGAGACUGCGUUCUCCUCCUACGGCCUAAGAUUGCCAGCUGGGGCUGGUGUUUCUCGAGAUCAAAGCUCUCACCUACUGGAAGAGGCCGCCCGGGUGUACCCAGCCUGGAGCCCCUCCAAGUCAGACCCUUCCAACCCCCACAAGACACACACAGAGUUUGGGAACCAGAGCCCAACUCCUGAGGCUGACGACCCUCCCAAAGACAGGCCGAGGGACACAGAAGGGACCAAAAUGAGCCCGCGUGCAGGCAGUGCAGCCACAGGCUCCCCCGGGAGGCCGAGCCCCACCAACUUCACGCAGACAAGCCAGCCGUGUACUGGGAUGUGCAGCCACUCAGACCAGCCCACCCUGAGCACCCUGGGAAGGUUCCAGCAACCCGAACAGAGCCUCACGGCCUUCAAGCCCAUCAAGAAAAGCACAGAGCACCCACAUUCCCAGGCUCCAGAAAACAGAGACAAGUCUCCAAAAAGCCUUGAUGCCGUGGACACAGACACUCCAGCUCAGACAGGGAGUACCUCCCACCACAUGGAGGCUGCGCCUUCCAGUCCAGAGGGCAGCCCCAGGACAGCCCCGCUGAACCUCUCCAAGAGACCGGAGAUUACAUCAGCAGCCAUGCACAGCCCUGUGUACAAGGAUGCCACGGAGCUGCAGGACGUGCCUCUCAACCUCUCGGUGAAGGACCCCUGCAAUGCCCUGACUCUGAGACCUGCCUUCCACACCCCACCUCGAGAGGCAGGGCCUGCACCUGCCGCUCAGAGGGCUGGGACGGAAGGCUGCCCAGACAGGCCAGGCCCCGCGCAGGCAAACCAAGGCAGCCUCGACUCUGACGAGGCUGCACCAACAACCCGCAGCGGGAAGGCCCAGGACAUGCGAGCGGCCGACAGCAGCGACGAACAAAAGCAGUCGGCAGCUGUGGCCCUCUGCCAGCUGGCAGCCUACAGCCCGGGGACGGUCCGGGUGGGCGACGGGGAGCCUGCAGCCCUGGAGUCUACCUGCCAACAGGACACACCUGCUCUCAGCACAACAGGAAGCCAGGAGACUCAGUGUGACCUCAGACCCAAAGGGCAAAAGAGGACAAGUCCACGGGACACAGGGAAGUCCCAGCAAGGAGCUAAGAAGACGAAGCCCAGUGAGACAGCCAGAGUGUUCACUCUGCGGAAGCGGACGCGGGUGUCCUAGCACGCAGCCCUCCUGGGUGCACAGCCAUGGAGCAAACGUGCCUCCAAAGCCAGGACAGCAAAUCUUCACUGGCACCUUCACUUUUUUAAGUGGCCAAUUUUUACAAGGUGGUUUCUUUUUUCUUCUCAAAAAAAAAAAAGCUGUAAUUCAGUUCAGUUCUUGUAAAUAUCAAGCAUGACUAUUAAAAGGUGCUUCUGCUUUUCUGCUUUUGGUUAUAAAAAUACCUGAAUGAUUCAGUCUAGGAUGAGGAGUCAGACAUCAGCUUCCCUUCUGCAAUAUGUCAGAUGAAACCUGCAGGACUCGGUCACUUAGGUGGUAGCCACUACAGGAAAUCUUUUAAAAAUACCUUUCUUAUAAAUGUCUUAGCACUAGAACCAAUUAUUUUAACGGUUUUGCUAUUAAAUUAACUGUGUGUUUUAAAGUAAAUAACAAUUACUGAAAAAAUGCUAGGAAAAAACACUUUCAGUAUGAGCAUUAAAGUGCUGUAUGUAAGACUAUUGUGAUUUGUUAUGACUGAAUACGCAAACAUCAAGAGGCUAUACAAAUAACUUAUUUCCACUAGGAAAAUGCAUUAGUGGUGAAAAGCUAUUCCUGAUGUGUUCUAUGUCCUUAUAAUGUCACAGUGAAUUUCCUGACUCAUUCAGCCUCAUUUUCCACUUGCUGGAAUGAUGUAUAUAUUCUAAUUUUCAAAAAAACUCAUAGGUGAAGAUAAGGAUACAAAGACAAACAUAAACUACUUAUUCUUUA